AGAGUGGCUGGUGGCGUGACGGACGGAUAAUCUGACCAAUGAGCGUCGCCGCCGCUCUCCGAACGCCCAAUCAGGGAUUUGGGGGCAGGGCGGUUGUCAAAGCGGAGCGGGACCGGGAAGAGGAGGCGGAUGAGGCAGCACCCCGCGGCUCUCAGGGGCCCUGACCCCGGACCCCGGCGGCCAUGCGUGUGCUGCUGGCCAAGCUGCUGUGCAUGGCGGGGGUCUUCCUGCUGACCCUGGCCGCGUCCCUCCUGCCCGUCAAGCUCCUCCGGGCCCACAGCGCAGGGAAGGCGCCUGGCGGUGGUGGCGGGGGCUCCCGCCGGGCCCUCUCCCUCUGCAACGCCUUCGCCACCGGGGUCUUGCUGGCCACCGGCUUCAACGCCCUCCUCCCGGCCGUCAGGGACAAGAUGUCGGAGGUGCUGCGCCUGGGGCAGGUGCGGACGGACUACCUGCUGCCGGAGACGCUGAUGCUGACGGGCUUCUUCCUGACGGUGUUUGUGGAGCAGCUGGUGCUGACCUUCCGGGAGGACCGCCGGCCGCCCUUCAUCGACCUGGAGACCUUCAACGCGGGGGGCAGCGGGGGCAGCGGCAGCAGCGCCUCCGAGGACGAGAGCCCCUUCCUGGACGGCCACCCCGGGGGCCACGGGGGCCCCGGUGCCCACCGCCUGCUGGGGCCGUCCCUGGCGCUGGGGGCGCACGGGGCGCUGGAGGGGCUGGCGCUGGGGCUGGCGGAGGGGCCCGGGGGGCGCCUGCUGGGGCUCUUCCUGGGGGUGGCGCUCCACGAGGGGCUGGCGGCCCUGGCGCUGGGGCUCAGCCUGGCCCGGGCGGGGCGCCCCCUGCGCCAGGCCGCCCGCCUGGCCCUCCCGCUCAGCCUGGCCCUCCCGCUGGGCCUGGGGGCCGGGGCCGCCCUCCAGGGCUGCGCGCCCCCCCCCUCCGCCCCGGGAGGCCUGGCCGCGGCCGUGGCCUCGCUGCUGCCCCAGGGCCUGGCCGCAGGCACCUUCCUCUUCGCCACCUUCUGCGAGAUCCUGGGGAAGGAGCUGGAGCAGGGCCCCGACCGGCUCCUCAAGGUGCUGCUCCUGGUCCUCGGCUACGCCCUCCUGGCCGCCCUCGCCUUCCUCAAGGGCUGAGGCCCACGGGGGGCCCGGCACAGCGGGACACCCCCCACGGAGAACACAGGGGACGGGGGGGGGACACAGCCCGGCCUCCCUGCGCCCUUUCAUCCCUUCCUUCCUUCUUUCAUUCCAUCCUUCCUUCCUUCCUUGCAGUCU